CAUGUUGCUCAAGUCUAUCUCACGCAAACAGUAGAGGGAGAAAUGCCACAGGAUUUGAAAGUGCCUGAAUCAAUCAUGGGAUGCAUCCAGCAGUGACCAUAAAUGAAGCUUUAGGUACAUCAGAUUCCACGGCUCAGUUCCAAAUGGAGAUUUUCCUUCCGGCGGUGGUCGGUGAACUUGCUACAAGAUCCAUGAGUUUCUUCAUCAAAAAUUACUGCAAGCGGCCAGAGCAGUCCCCGGUGGUUAACCUCGAGAGGAUUCUACUCCGAGCUCAGGUCAUCGUCGACGAGGCCGCGGGGCGUUGCAUCACAAACCAAGGGAUGCUUCAGCAGCUCAGCAUGCUGAGGGACACCAUGUACGGAGGUUUCUACGUGCUCGACGCCUUCAGAUACAGAGCUAUUGGAGCAAACGAGGAUGAAGAUCGUCAGAUUAUGAGUAAGCCAUGGGCUCUGUCCAAAUUCAGUUAUGCAAAACGUCUCUUUCUAUCUAGCAGCAGCACAAAAACUUCACAAGAACUAGAAGUUGAACAAGUCCUUGACAGUUUGAGAACCAUGAUCCUUGAUGUGAGUGAGUCGGUCAUGUUCUUGGCAACAUAUCCUCGUCUGCUCCGCCAGCCUUACAGCAUGCAUAUCUUGCUGGAAAAGUGCAUGUUUGGCCGCCAGAUGGAGAUGGAACUGGUUGUCAACUUCCUCUUGCACACACAACCUUGUAGUGGUACUAGUCUUGGCAGGUUUGAGGUCCUCCCAAUUGUUGGUCCAGGGAGAUCUGGAAAGAGUACCCUUGUCGCUCAUGCCUGCAACGACGAAAGAGUCCGUGAUCAUUUCUCACAGAUUGUGUUCUUUGAAGAUGGUAACUUCGGACAUGAGGGUACAGCCAUUUUGAGAGAUGAAAGCACAUCGAGACAUGACAAGAAUGGGAGAUUGCUGAUUGUUUUUGAGGUAGUAAGGGAACUCAAUGAAGAUUUAUGGGAAUGGAUGUGUUCUCUCUCUACAAGGUUCACUACAACCGGUAAUAAGAUUAUAAUCACAAGCCGGUCCGACAAGAUCAGAAAGUUUGGCACAGCACAGGCUAUGACGUUGAAGCCUCUGUCUCAUGAGGCGUACUGGUAUUUCUUCAAGGUGAUUACUUUUGGAAGCACGAACCCGGAGAUGCACCCGAAAUUUUUGCAUUUGGCAAUGGAGAUAGCGAGGAUGCAGAGUAGAUCUCUAGUUGCUGCAAAUGUCACCGCUCGCGUACUUAAAGAUAAUUUUAACAUCAAUUAUUGGUGCAACGUUCUGGAAUUCAUGAAAAGGUCUGUAGCAAAACUUCACUCUAUGUACGAUGAAGUUCCGGAUAUUAAAAUUCAAGAUGUGGUGUAUGGAGGCGUCAAGCCUCAUGGAAGAUUUAAGAUCCUCGCAUGGAAGUCUCAGAUACUGCCCUACCAUUGCUACAUCUAUACUUGUGAGAUCCGGGAGCCACAAACAAGAGUUGUCAAGAGGAAGCGCUCAGUGAAUAAUAAGUUUGUUAGCUGCGGUUAAUUUUGUCGCAGCAAGUCUCAUGUAAUGUUGUACUGUCAUCUCAUAUAAAUCUAUGGCUUUGCUAAAGAGCAAGUGAUAAUAUUGUGAGGUUCACUUUGUCUUCGUUCCGUAACGUGUGGAUGAAUAUAUAAUUGCAUUUCUAUGA